UGUCACUCAACGGGUGCAGCGUUGAUGUUGCCUCAGAAAAUGUCUCUUUCCUUCAACUCCAAAAGUCCUUCGUUAAUACAGAAUGCUUUGUUUUUAAUAAGAUUGUUUUAUUAUAGCAGUAGUCAUAAGUAAUAACAAAAUCCCAACCGAAAGCAAUAUAGCACUCUCCGUUAGGUCAAGCAUGCACUGAUCAUUUACACAUUACGGAGGACUGGUGUGAUUAUAAAAUCGGUUUAGCAGCAGCUAACAAAAAAUAUGUACUUCUGCUUGAUAUACUAAAUUUAUGAAAAAUAAGGCCAAGAUGUCAUACUCAUUGAUAUCUUUGGCACCCUAGCUGCUAAAGCAUAAUAACCAAAAGCACAUCUUGAAAAUGAAACUUGUAGUACUUGGGUCAAUAGUGGGUUAGUAGAAUAUAAUUUUCUAUAAGAUGGAAGAAAAACAUUGAACAUUCAGAUCAUCAGCCGAUGACAGAUGCAUGGCAUGGAACUUACAGUAGAAAAGGAAUAUCCAGUACUCCUUUAAAAAAGUGUUCAAAAAUAAUGUUGACAAUAUUGAUCUGAUCAGAAACAUACAAGCAGAAAACCCCCAAAGUAACCCCUCUCUCACAUACAUACGCAAAAUCAACCAACCUUAGACACAAACGAAUUCUAGAAACAAGGCAGAAUGCCUUCACGGUGUCACUUGGUUUCAGUUAUUUAUUUGAAAUUUCUACCUGAUUUUUGGACUCCAUUGAUCUCUUUAGCACAGUUGAUAAGUUAUGUUUUUUUUUUAGUGUGCAUGGAAGAAGAAUUUCUGGAGUAGCAGGACGCCACUGAUGUGCAGCGACGCUAAUGUACAUGAGAAAACCAUACACUUUUUCAUCACUACUUUGUAAACAACGGUUAGAACUGUCAACAAGGUGACACUUUGGCACAGUCAGGGAACUUGACACCUAACGAUUUGUUGCCACCGGCAUUUGGGCAGAUGGUUUCACUCCCUUUGAGCACCCCAUUUUUCAAAUCACUCGCAGCUUCCUCCGUGCAAGGACUUUUAACAUAUUCUCAUGGCAAUAGUUCUAUGAGCGUGCGCACGCGCAUACACUCACAUCUUAAUCUUAAACCAUACAACCAAAACAUCACUGGAAACCCCCUCGCUUCUUUCUUCCACCACCUAAGGAGACAGUAUUGGGACUAAGAGUUGGUGGCUUCCUGCCUGGUCACUUGAAGGAUUAAUCCCAGGAGUUUCUCACUGAUCAGCCUUGAUGAAUAUUAAGCGAGGUGGAAGAAAAGGAGUGUUAAUUCAUAUUCUUUAACUCAUAACAAAUAUCGUAAGGACUAAUUAUGUUGCCUACAUGGGUACACCACAAGUAACUGCUAAUGUGGGAAUUCCUGUCAUCAUCAUUCUUCCCCCUAGCUUCCAACUACCGCGCCACCCCACUUUAUUUCUACAGAUGUAUGUGUUUGGUUUUUUAAUAUAGUGUUUGUAUAAGCACAUUCUUAAAUGUAUUAUAGGGGAAAGUCCUCUGCUUUUUACAACUGAAGUGCAAGUUAGUAGGGGAAAACUUUAGUCGCCAAGUUUGCUGGAGAACAGAGCAAUGUGUUUGCACACGUGUAAUUGACAGAUUGUUCGUUUCUUGGGGGAAUGUCCCACUGAGUCCAUGCAGGGGACACUAUGACACGCGUGUCCCCAGGGAUCAGAGGAUUGGUCAGGGAAGAUGCUGAUUUGCAUACCCUUAUCUAUAUAACCUCUGGGGAAGGGCGGAGAGAGUAAAAAGGCAAGCUGUAGCCUGGGGCACGCACAGCUACUUAAAGACUCCUGGCACCAAUUACACAGCGGAGCGGUUCUGAUGGCCGGAAUGUGUUUAAACGGGGGGCAGUGAUCAAUCUGUACAUUCAGGAGUGUGGGCUUUUGGUCUGUUUCUAAUCUGGCAUCUUUAAAGCUUCUACAACACAAAGUGCCAGUGGCUUUUUUUGAGGGCUGCGUGGUAGGAUCUCAGAGGCUAUGUCUCCUGGUCUCACACUGUCCAGAGCGGGACUAAGCUCUCUGCUGCUGUGUCUCCUGGUUGCAGGAUGCCUGGCUGAGAUGGUCAGGUACCACACGUACGAGGAAGACGCCCCCGGUACAGUCAUUGGGGUGCUGUGGGACGAUUUGCAGUCUCGCUCUGGGGACAGACCCCUCGGCAGUUUCCGGCUGAUGGAGCAGUUUAGCAACAGCUCGCUGGUCCGGGUGCGGGAGGGCGACGGGCAGCUGAGCAUCGGCGAGGAAGGGAUCGACCGGGAGCGGCUGUGCGGCCAGUCCCUCCAGUGCGUCCUGGCUUUCGACGUGGUGAGCUUCUGGCAGGAGCAGUACCGGCUGGUGCACGUGGAGCUGGAGGUGCGGGACAUCAACGACAACGCGCCGCGCUUCCCCCAGGCGCACAUCCCGCUCGAGGUGUCCGAGAGCGCCGCGCCCGGCACCCGCCUGCCGCUGGAGAUCGCCCUGGACCCGGACGUGGGCUCCAACUCCAUCCAGAGCUUCCGGCUCUCGCGCAACAGCCACUUCGGCAUCGAGGCGCAGCCGCGGGCGGACGGCGGGAAAAGCGCCGAGCUGGUGCUGCUGCACGAGCUGGACCGCGAGACCCAGGCCGCCUACACCCUGGAGCUGGUGGCCCAGGACGGCGGCAGCCCGGCCCGCGCGGGCACGGCCACCGUGAGCGUCCGGGUGCUGGACGCCAACGACAACAGCCCGGCCUUCCCGCAGGGCUCGGUCACGGUGGAGCUGGGCGAGGACGCGCCGCGGGGCUCCCUGCUGCUGGACCUGGACGCGGCCGAUCCGGACGAGGGGCCCAACGGGGAGAUCGUCUACGGCUUCGGCAGCCAGGUGCCGGCCGAGGCGCGGCAGCUCUUCCGGCUGGACCCGCUCUCGGGCCGCCUGACGCUGGAGGGGCCGGUGGAUUACGAGCGGCAGCGGACCUACGAGCUGGACGUGCAGGCGCAGGACCGGGGCGCCAGCCCCCUGGCGGCCACGUGCAAAGUCAUCGUGCGCCUGGCCGACGUGAACGACAACGCGCCGGGCAUCAGCAUCAGCCCCCUGAGCGGCGCCCCCGCCGGCGCCGGGGUGGCCUACGUCAGCGAGGCGGCGGCGCGCGACAGCUUCGUGGCGCUGGUCAGCACCUCGGACAGGGACUCGGGCCCCAACGGGCAGGUGCGCUGCGCCCUCUACGGGCACGAGCACUUCGCGCUGCAGCGCGCCUACGCCGACAGCUACGUGCUCGUCACCGCCGCGCCGCUGGACCGCGAGCGCAUCCCCGAGUACAACCUGACCCUGGUGGCCGAGGACCUGGGCUCGCCGCCCUGCAAGACCAUCCGGCAGUGCACGGUGCGCGUGAGCGACGAGAACGACAACGCGCCGCUCUUCUCCAAGCCCGUCUACGAGGUGGCGGUGCUGGAGAACAACCCGCCGGGCGCCUACCUCGCCACCGUGGUGGCCCGGGACCCCGACCUGGGCCGCAACGGGAAGGUGCUUUACAGGCUGCUGGAGACACAGAGCCCGGGCGGCGACCCCGGGUCCGCUCUGGUCUCCGUGGAUCCCCGCAGCGGGUCCGUCCGCGCCCGGCAGCCCCUGGACUGCGAGGAGCUGCCGCUGGUGGAGGCGGAGAUCGAAGCCUGCGACGGGGGCGCCCCGCAGCUGUGCCAGCGGGCCCGCCUCCGGCUCCGGGUGGUGGAUCAGAACGACAACGCCCCGGUCAUCACCUCCCCGCCGCUGGCCAACGGCUCCGUCGAGCUGCCGCUGCCCGCCAGCGCCCCCGCCGGGUACCUGAUCGCCCGCUUCGCGGCCAGCGACGCGGACCAAGGCGCGAACUCCGAGCUGUCCUACUCCCUCCUGGGCGGCGCCCACCCGCUGGUCGCCCUGAACCGGGACACCGGGGAGCUGGCCCUGCGGAGGAGGCUGCACGGAGGGGCCGCGGCAGCCGCCUUCCCGCUUGUCGUCGCUGUCCACGACGGCGGGAGGCCGUCGCUGUCCUGCACAGCCGCCGUUCGGCUCGUUCCCACGGACACACUCCCCUCUAGCGUGGAGAUCGUGGUCGUGCAGCCCUCGGCGGAGGAGCUGCAGCUGCAGCCCAGCCUGGACCUCUCCCUGGUCCUCAUCGCUGUGCUGGCCGGAGGCUGCGGCUUGCUGCUGAUCGCUAUCAUCGCCGUGGCCUCCACCUGCAGGAGGAGCAAGAGUCACUUCCAACCUGGGCCCGAAGAGCAGGGGAGAGGCAAGGAAGCCAGGCUGCUGAAGGGCUCAGGCUCCCAGGCAGGGAGCAGCUCCCCGGGCCAGGCAGACUCCUGCCAGCUCUCUGUUACCACUGAGUCUGAUAACCCCAGUGACACUUCCGAGGCGAAGGAGAGCAGCAGAGAGUCCUUGUGUCAUUCUGCCCAAGAGAGGAAAGCCAGGAGCAGAGGCUCCCAGGAUCAGGUUCUUGUUCCUUUUCAUCCUCGGUGUCUUUGGCAGGAGCGAGAAUCUGCUUUAAGCUCCCAUUCAACUCCUGAUCAGUUUAGUGCGAAAGACAGUGGGAAAGGAGAUAGCGAGUUUAAUGAUAGUGAUUCUGAUGUCAGUGGGGAGGGGUUAAAGAAGCCACCUUCACAGUCAGCUGAAAAGCAAGUUGGUACUGGAGCCUGUACAGAUGGACAGACUUACAAGGAAACAAAAAGAUAUUGUAGAUUUUAUGUCCACCAGUCCCAAACAAGCAAAACCAUCCCAUUGCAUUAUGAAAAUGAUUAUACGAUUGCAUAUUCUACACCAAUUUAUCAGCCCAUCCUUCAGCUCGGGAAGCCCAAUUUUCUUCCACAACAGCCAAAGCUGAAAGAGUAUCAAGUUAAUAUUCCUAAAACUGAAAGACUACAAAGUGUAUUUGAAAGAGUUGUAAGUGAUGGGCCAGCAAUGCCACCAACCGCUCUGUCAAGACAGUAUAAAGGACUAAAUCUCCCUCCACAGAACACUUUACUCCAAAAUGCCUCUGAAGUAGCAACGUCAUUCUGACAUAGCAAUGUAAAGACAUCCAAAACUGUCAUAGGAAUGGACUAAAUGUGUUCAUGUUUAUGUGUAAAUGUUACCAGCUGAGAUGUGUAAAUGAAAUCUCACCCAAAAAUCAAAUAUAACUUUGAAUUAUGGCAAAAGCAAUCAAUGUCUAGACAAAUCAUCCUUCUAAAUUUGUCCUUUAUAUUUACCAAAGAGUCAAAAAAAUCAUAUUAAAGAACAUAGUUACUGCUGCUAAAGAAG